GUGACUUUGACCGCUACAGCCUUGACAAAGCCACUCACCACGACCUGCACGACGGCUUGAACGCGCAUCGAAAGCUGCAAAACUCUACAUCUAGCUAGCGUGCACGGAUCGCAUCUCACUUCGCACAAAUUGCCCAGCUCAAUAUUAACCUGGCAUACCCCUACUCAACGACCACUUCAUUCAAGUACUCAGUCGGCAUUCAACUCGCGCCUGGUCCAUGAUGUCAGUGCCAACGAGCGGCAUGCACGAUGUGGUACUCGAAAAGGACAUGUCGAUCAACCAACGCGGUCUGGUAGAUACCUGCUUUGAAGAGGGCCAAUAUGAGGCUGCCGCGGUCGUCUUGGACCAGCUUCGCUCGCCGAAGUACAAGCCCCACCCCUCUCACAUCCGACACCUUGUCUACAUCGCCCUGUAUCCUCCGUCGGAGACGGAAGACUUCGACGCAGACAAGAUAGGCAGCGAGCCAGCCUCGCCUAGCAAGCUCCUCUCGCGCCAGCAGAAAACCACUUUGCUCCCGGGUCGAGCAGCGAGAGAUGCCGCAGUGAAGCUGCUGUUUGCCUUCGCGCAGACCAACACGCCCGGUGCGCUCUUCGCUGCCUUGCCCAGAUACGCAACUGGGGAUAACGGCGCCGCCAAUGGAAUCCAGGAAGAUACGGACUCCUUCAUAUCGAGGCAGUCCGUGAAAGUGCGGAACGCGAAGGAUUGCUGGGCUAUAUUGAGGGAAGGCUUCGUAAGGCCAACUGUGGAGGAGGUCCAGCCGUCGAAGCGCAAGGGCUCCAGUCGCGCGCGGCAAGUCGAGGAGCAAACUCGGACGCUGGAAGAAGAGGGUGAGGGCCAAGGACAUCCGGCCCCGGUGGGUGAACAUGCGUGGCCAGUUUUGGAGUGGAUUGUCUGCUUGCUGGAGAUAGACCAGAAGAUAACUGAGGCGAGCGGUCAACCGGUAUACUCACCGUUAUUGGUGUCUCAGAUACCACCACCGAGGUCCGCCCAGAGUGCCCGGUGGGAUAUUGAGAACCCAUUGGAUGUUAUGUUUCACUGCCUGAAAGAGAGUGGCCUUCGACAUAGAUCACUGGGAAUCCGCCUCCUUACCCUGCUUGUCAAUCUCUCAGCAACGACGUUGGUCGACCUCCCUCUAUUUUUGAACGCAAUUGGAAGUCGGCUAUUUUCACUGACUAUGGACGAACUGGGCUCGCUCUUCGCCGCGCUACCAUCGUCAGCGACAAUGCUCCAAUUCAAAGUACUGCUCUGCCGGAACUACCUUACCGACUUCGGAGCUGGAUCCGGCCAAAGCAGCACCCGCCCAAAGCCCCAAGCCCGCGGGCAGCAACGCCCCGCUCCCACUCGCCGCAAACAGACCGAAGCAUCACCGAAUGACACUCAUUCCUCAAGUGUUCCCGCAGCGAGCGCGACAAGCAUCGUGCGCAGCUUUCCUACGAUUCUCCCGUCCGAUAUCGUCUCCCUCGUCGAGAAGCCGUGCUCUGCGGACCUCAACAGCAGCGCCCAGGCCCUGCGGGUCAAACUGGAGUUGGCUCUGUCUUACGCGUUGCUUCGGCGGCAGGGCGGCCCUGAUAGUGUCGCGGACACAGAGUGGCAGAGCGUCCUGCGGAGUGGCCAACUCACUGCAGCCUUCGAGGCAGCGUCCGGGCUCGUGCGAAAGACAAGAAGCAAGACCACGGCGGCAAUUGACGAUCGUGCGAUGGAGGGCAUGAAGCAGCUUCUGGCUGCAGUCAGCGUGUGCUGAGCAUUGGCGCGGUGGGGCCAUUGAUGCCAUUCCUAGGAAUAUUGAGUGUUGACGCGGCGACAGGCCGGUCGGUCGGUGGUGUACUUCAAGCUUGGAGUCACCUCCAUCUAUCAGCGCUGACGGUGACCGUGAAAUUGGAAGCGUACGCCCUCGGCAACGGUCUCACGCUGUCAGGGUUGUCUCUAGAUCUCCGGCUGCAUACGGCG